CUUUCAGAAAUCACUAAAACACUUUCACUUGUAAACCUCUCUCAACUCUCAUCCCUUCAGCUACCACAAAAAAUACUCUUACUCGAAAACCAGAUCGCUUGAUUUUUCACUCCUCUCCUGUUCCCUUUUUUCUUGUUUACCAAAAAGAAUCCUUUCCCAUUUUCUUAUUUUCCGUUUAGAAAAAAGAACGAAAAGAUCUUCUGUAUUUCGGUUUGCAGUUGUCCUGUUGCUUUCUCUGUUUUAUUUUCUGCUAUUUUUCCCCUUUUCCUUAAUUCUUGUUAAAAAAAAAAAAAAAAAAUAUUUCAGCAUUUUCGGUGUUUGUCCUCACCCCUCUUCUUUUCUUUGAGUUUGCAUCAUUGUUGUGUUGCUGUUAUUUCUGUAUUUUUCUUACCUCUUUUUUUUUGUGUGUUUUGCAAAAUUGAAAGUUUGCACCCCCUAGUUGUCCUGCUUUAACUCUGUCUUAAUAUCAUUUACUUUCUCUCUUAUUUUUUUUCAAUCUUAAAAAAAAAAAAAAGUGAAGGAGAAGGAAACAGUGUUGAGAAUGGCCGAUAUCGCGAGUUUUGUUCUGGAUGUUGUCAAGUGCUUGGCUGCUCCGGUUGGGCGUCAAUUUAUGUACCUGUACAACUACAAGAAGAACAUUGACAAUCUCCAAGGUGAAGUUAGGAAGCUGAAGAAUACGAGAGAGGAAGUGCAAGUUAAGGUUACUGCUGCUGAAAGAAACGCGGAAGUGAUCAAACAGAAUGUUAAGGACUGGCAGACGGAUGUUGAGAGGACCAUUACUGAAGCAGAGCAGUUGAUUCCAGAGGAAGGAAACAGCCCUCGAUGUUUCAAGGGAUUGUGCCCCAACUGGAUCACCCGCUACAAACAUGGCAAGAAAGCAUUCAAGUUAAAGGAGAAUGAUAUCAGUCAAUUCCUAGAUAAGAAUAAUUUUCCAUUCCUACGGCUAGAAGAUAAUGUUGGCCAUCCUACUAUUUCUCAGGAGAUAUGGCUUAGAUCUACCAAAGAUUAUGUGGCUUUGGAAUCAAGAACUUCCACUGAGAAGAAUGUUUGGGAAGCAUUGAACGAUGAGAGUAUCUACAUGAUCGGUGUUUAUGGGAUGGGAGGUCUCGGCAAGACCACGCUUGUGCAGGGAGUUGGUAGGAAAGCCAUGGAAGAACAACUCUUUGAUGAGGUGGUUUUGAUAGAAGUAACAGGAACUCCAAAUAUAGAGACCAUUCAAUCAAAAAUUGCUCAAAAAUUGGGUCUCAAAUUGGAUAAGGAGAGUGAUGUAGCAGAUAAGGCAAAUAAGUUAUAUGAAAGAUUGAAGAUGACUAAGAAGGGUCAGAAGGAUGAGAAGGGUAAGGAGGAUGAGAAGGAUAUGAGGCCUGUGGAGAUGAAUAAGAAGGAUGAGCAGGAUGAGAAGGGUGACAAGGGUGACGAGGGUAAGAAGGAUGAGAAGGAUAUGAGGCCUGUGAAGAUUCUUUUGAUUCUAGAUAAUAUCUGGGAAGAUCUUGAUUUAGAUGCUGUGGGAAUUCCUUCCAAAGAUGAUCGUGGUGGAUGUAAACUACUGCUCACAACAAGAAAACUUGAGGUGUUAAAUAGCAUGAAUUCUUCCAAGAAUUUCAAGAUGGGUACUUUAAAAGAAGAAGAAGCUUGGAGCCUAUUCCAGAAGAUGGCAGGUGGUGUAAUUCAAAACCGUGAAUUGAAUUCUUUGGCCCAAGAUGUAUGUAAGGAAUGUGGAGGCUUGCCUAUUGUCAUUUGUACUGUAGCAAAAGCAUUAAAGAGCAAGCGUCGUCCAUCUGAUUGGAAAGUUGCCUUGCAAGACUUAAAAGCUCCUUCACCAGCAAAGUUCAUGGGAGUACUGGAAAAGGAAUACAUGAAUAUCGCCUUGAGUUACAAAUAUUUAAGAGAUGAUGAGCUCAAGAAAACAUUUUUAAUUUCUAGUCUAAUGAAAAAUAAUACUUCCAUUUCAGACUUUUUCAUACAUGUUGUGGGAUUGGAUAUACUUGAAGGAGCUAACCUGAAAAUGGAAGAAGCAAGGGAUAGAUUAGAUACAUUGGUUCGCGACUUGAAAGACUCUUGUUUGUUAACUGACGGUUUCACAAGCGAACAAUUUGCUAUGCAUGAUGUUGUCCGUGCUGUUGCUGUUACAGUUUCAUAUACAGACCACCAUGUAUUUACAGGGAGAAAUGAUGUUGAAAGGGAAUGGAAGGAUAAAGAUAAGCUCAAGAAAUGCACUAAAAUCUCCUUAACUGAUAGUAGUACAGUUAUUAGUAAGUUAUGGCCUAAUGAUCUGGAUUGUCCAAAUCUCGAAUAUUUCUCUAUGACUAAUAUGUGGGGUUUCCAUUCUUCUUUUGAAAUCCCUAAGGACUUUUUCACUGUGAUGCCAAAGCUCAAAACUUUAAUUUUAUGUGGAAUGCAUCAAUCGUCGUUGCCGUCGUCACUUGAUCUUCUAACAAACCUUCGAACUUUGUGUUUAAAUGAUAGCAACAUUGAAGAUGUUGCUAUUAUCGGAAAGCUAAAGAGGCUAAAAGUUCUUAGCUUGCGAAAUUCAUCUAUUAACGAAUUGCCAAUAGAAUUGGGUCAAUUGACUCAACUAAGGUUAUUGGAUUUAAACUAUUGUUGGCAAUUAAAAGUUAUUGUGCCAAAUGUGAUAUCAAAAUUAUCUCAACUAGAAGAAUUGUAUAUAAGGGGAUGUUGUAUUCAAUGGAAGGUUGAAGUACUCGAGGAAUUGAAGCUCUUGUCUCAACUGGCUAGUUUAGAAUUAGAUAUCAAAGAUAGCAAGAUGUUGGCUAAAGACUUCUUUUCCAAAGAGCUUAAAAGGUACAAAAUAUCAGUAGGAGAUUUUUCAUCCCUAUCAGGAGGAGAUUGGUUAUCCCUACCAAAAUUGUCAUCCCAAUUUUCAAGAUAUAAUGAAGAUGUGGGUUUGAGGAUGUUCAAAUUGAAACUUAAUUCUACCAUCUCCUUAGAAGAAUUACAAGGAAUCAGGAAUGUUGAACACUUAGUCUGUUUUUCAGAUGUUGAGAAUUGUUUGAAUGAUUUUGUCACUCUCAUGCCACUUUUUAAUGAAAAGGUUAUUUUCACCAAUUUGAAGGCCUUGGAAUUGAAGUAUAUUAGUUGUGGAAAGAUUUGGGAUAACAAAUUUGCAACACUUAUGUCUUCCUCCUAUCAGAAUUUGACAUGCUUUAUCUUGGGGAAGUGUGGAAAAAUAAAAUAUGUGUUUCCAUCUUCCGUUGCCAAAAACCUCCAGACUCUACAACGCCUUGAGAUAAUGGAUUGUGAGGUUCUAGAGGAGAUUGUUGCGGAAGAAGAAGGAGCAAAAGCUGUUUUUAAUUUUGCCUUUCCGCAGGUUACCUAUUUGCAGCUUGAGAAAUUGCCAAAUCUUACAGCUUUCUAUCAUGGAAUACAUACUUGUGAAUUGCCGAUGUUAAAAGGGUUGGUGAUCAAUGAAUGUGAAAAAUUCACAUCAAAAUAUCUAAGCUUCCAAGAAAAUUCAUUUCAUAUUUCAGAGCCAAAAUCCCUUUAUCUGAAGCAUAAGAUCAAUCAUGAUUUGGAGGUACUUGAAUUAAGAAAUGGUGGGAAAGGGAUUAUAUGGCAAAGCCAAUCUAAAGCUCUCACGAUCAAAGGUGAUGAGUUAGCAAAUAAUCCACUCCAACACUUUCAAAGAUUUGAAAAUAUGAAUAAGCUCAAACUAUCUGGAUGUGAUCAAAUCAAAGAGCUAUUCUUUCCAAAUCUUCCAAAUCUUGAAGUUCUAGAUGUACAGGACUGCAGUGAAUUGAUUUAUCUAGCGUCAUCCUCAACUUCUUUCCAGAAUCUUAAAGCUUUGACAGUCGACAAUUGCCAUGAGUUGAUGAAGUUAAUAACACCUUCAACAGCAAGACUUUUUAUCUUGACGAGAUGUGGAAAAAUAAAAUAUGCAUUUCCAUCUUCCGUUGCCAAAAGCCUCCAUACUCUACAACGCCUUGAGAUAAUGGAUUGUGAGGUUCUAGAGGAGAUUGUUGCAGAAGAAGAAGGAGCAAAAGCUGCUUUUAAUUUUGCCUUUCCGCAGAUUACCUAUUUGCAGCUUGAGAAAUUGCCAAAUCUUACAGCUUUCUAUCCUGGAAUACAUACUUGUGAAUUGCCGAUGUUAAAAGGGUUGGUGAUCAAUGAAUGUGAAAAAUUCACUUCAAAAUGUCUAAGCUUCCAAGAAAAUUCAUUUCAUAUUCCAGAGCUAAAGUCCCUCUGCUUGGAGCAUAAGGCUGACUCCAAUUUGGAGGAAUUGACAUUAAGUGGAAGGGACAUCAUGUCGAUUUGGGUAAGAGAAUUUCAAGAGAGCUUUGGCAAAGUAAAAACUAUUCAAUUGAUUAAUGAUGUAUAUGCAAACAUUUCAAUUCAAAUCCUUCACAAAUUUAACAGUCUUGAAGAACUCAUACCGAAAGCGAGUUCAUAUGAAGAGAUAUUCUCGUUUGAAGAGGAUAAAGAACACAUUGGAGCACUCACAAAAUUAAAAGAUUUAGAAUUGCGAGGACUUUCAAAUUUAAAGUGUAUUUGGAAACAAGACUCCCGAUUGAACUCAGUUCUGCAAAAUCGUGAUUGUCUAAGGGUGGAAUAUUGUCACAAAUUAACUACUUUAUUGCCAUCUUUAGCAUCUUUUGAAAAUCUGAGGACUUUGAGGGUAAACUAUUGCAAUGGAAUGCAAAACUUAAUGUCAUCCUCAACAGUCAAAAGUCUAGUGCAGUUAGAAGAGUUUUUUUAUAGGUAAAUGUGAAAUGAUCACAUAAGUAUUAGCAAAUGAGGGAGAUAUAGAGAAAGGUAAAAUUGUUUUUGAGAAAUGGAAGGUGUUGUACUUGUAUCAUUUAGAAAGUCUCACAUGCUUCUACUGCUUUGAGGAUUACACCUUAAAAUUCCUCUUCUUGGAAAGAUUAUUUGUGAGAAGAUGCUCCAAGAUGAAGACUUUCUCUAGAGGAGGGUUAAGCAUGCCAAGGUUACAAAAGUUGAACGUGAGAGAUUGUUCAGAAAGUGACAUUGAUACAAUCACAUAACAAUUACAAAAUGGCAGAAUCGAGCAAAGGCUAUUGAGAUUCUUGUCUAGGACCUUAAUGUUUUUGCAUCCUUCAAUGAAGAACUUUUCAAGGAGAUUUACCCAGCUUCUUACACUUGAUAACUUUAGGCAAAGUGGGUAGCUUUCCAAGUAUGGAGACACAAAGUCGGUUAGCAACAUUAUGCUUGUAGAACUUAAAAAGCUAAUUGAAGCAAAUCCCCUGUUUCGUGACAAGCUUACAUUCCCAGCCUCCAAAAGUUCACAACUGAGGACAUUAAUAAACCAGAGAUGAUAUUACCUCCUCCUGAUAGACUUAUUCUAUAGAACUCACUUCCUUUUGAAAAAAAAAAUUCAGUUUAAAUUAGCAGCAUCAACAUUGCAGGAAUCCUCGUCCAAACCCUGAUAUUAAAACACUCUUCACUGAUCAUUCUUGCAACCCUAUGGCUAA